AAAAGCUCAAAAGCGCAUGCGAUAUUUUGACCGUCAGCGGGUCUAUGCAACCCGCACAACAAUAGAGCUGUUCAGUCUGUUACGAACGGUUACUCGUGAAACACUUGGAAAAUUCAAUGGGAAAGUGAAUUUGGGGAAAUCACUUUCCCUUAACAUUUUGGUCUGCAUUUAAGGGGCACUACAUAUGUACUCAAUCGCACACACCGUAUAUAUAUAGAUGGGAAAUCUAAUCUAUAUAUAGAGUUAAUCACAAUUUCUAUGGAUCUCACAUUUCAUCAGAAAAUCAAGAUGGAUUUCCAUUGAGGAUAAUCUUACCAAAAUCUCUACAAAUUAUGUUUCAAUCUAUCAGGAUGGAAGUGAAUAAAGCAAAGAAGUGUGUUCAAUAUUUCUGAAGUCGAAACUGUAAACAAUAAUAGCAGUGCGUGAUAAAUAAAUCAAAUGGAUACAUUCGAUUAAUAUGAUUUAAUGUGCAAACUUUGUCGGCAUCUUCAUACCAUUUUUUUCUCAUCAACUAUAAUCUCACCCCUUUCUUAAAGCUUUUUGUUCAAAAAAAAAGCUAAACAGGCAUAAAAAAGAGGGAGCAUGAAAUAACCGGGCAUUGUGAAUAAAAAAUCAAAGUUAACAUUUCGAAGAAUGGUGCAGUGAAGAGUUGGAUGGUUUGCUAUCGUGAAAAUAGAACUAACUUCUUUAUUCAUUAACAUCUUAAGUUUCAACUUUUCCAAGGAGAGAGUGUAAAUAAAGAAAGAAAGAAAAAAUGUGAAGAUAAAAGGAAAAUCAUAAUGAACUUAAUGAAAUACGUGAGCGAUCACUGUGCAUAGGGAGAAAAAAUGAGCGAAGUGGGACCAUUUAAUUCGUCAAAAAUAAUUUUGUGGUCCUUGUCUUCAUUGGCAUCCACUAAUGAACCGUCACACGUACUCGAUGCAUCUUCUUUCGAGCAGCCGUACAACGCCGUAAAUUAUAGUAGUAAAAUCAAUGAGAGCACCCUAUGGUCUACAAACCCAUCAUCCACCACUGCAACAAGUACAUCGUCAAUUAUUACCACAUCAGCCACAUCAUCGGAAGCUCCCGUAACAUCGUCCUCAACAUCAGAUAACGUUGAUGAAAUUACAAACGCCAAAGAGUUAAAUAAUUACUGGGCACUUUUAGCUUUGGUAUUAGUCUUCGGGACGGCCGCCGGAAAUAUAUUAGUUUGCCUCGCCAUUGCAUGGGAGCGUCGAUUGCAAAAUGUUACCAAUUAUUUCCUUAUGUCGCUCGCAAUAACUGAUCUUAUGGUAGCAAUUUUGGUCAUGCCACUUGGAAUAUUAACAUUAGUAAGAGGGUACUUCCCACUGCAGUCUGAACAUUGUUUGGCGUGGAUAUGCCUAGAUGUCCUCUUCUGUACAGCUAGUAUAAUGCAUUUAUGUACAAUAUCUGUUGACAGAUAUUUGUCAUUGCGAUACCCCAUGAGAUUUGGGCGAAAUAAGACGAGAAGACGUGUUACACUCAAAAUCGUAUUUGUAUGGUUACUCUCCAUCGCCAUGAGCUUACCACUAAGUUUAAUGUAUUCUAAGAAUCACGCCUCUGUUCUCGUGGACGGCACUUGCCAAAUUCCGGAUCCUGUGUACAAAUUGGUCGGAUCCAUUGUGUGUUUUUACAUACCCCUCGGUGUAAUGCUUUUAACGUAUUGCCUAACUGUACGAUUACUCGCCCGCCAGCGACAGAAUUUGGGUGGAGGUUCAACUGGGAAUACAGGCUGGGCUAGUGGAUGGCUUGGACAAACACCUGCCUUAGAAAGACGAUGUACAUGGAGAAGAUUACUGAAGACAAGUCUCCCCUCAACACCAAAUCAUGCUCAUUCAGCAGCGUCAACAGAUACUGAACUUUCCACUCUUGAUAAUCAUGAACUGUGGCUUCCGGACUCGAGCAUUCCUGAACCCACGCCAUCAACAAUGACAGCUCUUCAUCAAUUUGGUGCGGAGAUGCUAAAACUGUCAAGAGGACUGGAAUCUGUGGGUUCUGCCAAAUUAAAUGACCAAAAGACAACCCAUAAUGUGGCCACGAGUGAGGAAAAAUUCACAAGAACCACAACGAACAGGUCAAUUGUUUUAAUAAAGCAAGAAAACGAGCACAAAGAACAAUCACAACCGAAACCUCGUAAAAGACGAGCAUCUGCAUCGACAUGGACGGUGCGGAAACCAUCAAAUGCAUCAUUUCCGCGAAAGCGUUUUAAUAGUUUACCACGAGGUACUCUCCUAAUGGAUGACAAAAAGGACUUUUAUGAAUUAUUUAUCAAAGAAAUUCAGAGCACCAAAGAACGAAAAUCACAGCGUAACAGACAAAACUUGCAAGAAUCCCUCAGUGAUGGGGCGGAUCAGUCGGAAUACAAUGAAACGGAACCUGAAGACAAUGGGCAACUAUCUCAGUUAAAAUUACCUCCACCAUGUACAUGCCCCUACUUUGGUGACAAGCCCCGACAUCAACAGCAUAACCUUAAACCCACCGAAGUGAAGAUUAUCUCCACUUCUGUCAAUUUCCGGUCAGCUACCACCCUUAGCGAUACGAAUAAUAUUGACAUUGACGCCAUACACACACUCAGCUCUAGUUCAGCAACAAUUCUAACAUCAACAUCAUCCACAAAGAGUCUCUCAACACUCCCAACAAUUUCAUCCACAACACCAACACGAAAAUUAAGUUAUACCAAAUCAAAUUCCAUUGUGACGUGGGACUCACGAAGGAAUCAAAGACGAGGAUCGAGCUUUGGGAGUUCUGGCACACGAACAUCCCUUCUUUUAACCCCAACUAAGAUACCUCUCAGUAGUGGCAGCUCUCAGCUACGACGAUCUGCUACAUUGCGCCAAACUAGUCACCUCACAGAUAUCUCAAUGCCCAACAUAGUAGAUAGAAAAUCCCCAAAACUCCCCUCUUCGCCAUGUUUAUUGCAACGGACAGCUACAAUUAGAUCGCAUCAUUCGCGCAAUUCAAGCGUAGUCUCCCGCAAUUCCUCAAGGCAUGGUCGUAUAAUACGAUUAGAGCAGAAAGCAACAAAAGUAUUAGGUGUUGUAUUUUUCACAUUUGUUAUCCUUUGGGCACCAUUCUUUGUGUUGAACCUUUUGCCAACAGUAUGUGCCCACUGUGAGAGCAAUAUCAGCCAUUGGGUAUUUGACGUAGUCACAUGGCUUGGGUACGCCAGCUCAAUGGUCAAUCCAAUUUUUUAUACAAUCUUCAAUAAAGUAUUCCGUCAGGCUUUCCGCAAGGUAUUACUGUGCCAAUAUGGUAAAACAAGUUGGCGACCUCAUAGGUAGCAGCAAAAUGUCACAUCACCAAAAAGAUGUGUUAAAGAUUAAAAUAGACGUCUUUCCAUAAAUUUAAUCUACCAGACAUGAUUGAUUCAAAUGUGAUUAAUGGUUGAUUGAUUGUUUGCUUGAAUACUAAUUGUGCAAGUAAUAAUUUUACAUUAUUCACGCAAAUAAAUCAACUAUAUGUAAAAUUGUAUGUAUAUAAGAUUGAUUUUAUAUCACGUAUUAUGGAAGGAUGUAUAAGAUUGUACAUCUUCAUUGUCAAUUUCAAUGCAAUUAUUUAUCAAUUAAAAUUAUAAUUGCAUUCUAAAAUAAAUCAAAUGCAGCAUCUCGCUAAAAGUACUCGAAAAAAAUAAAUUCUUACAAUUUGUUUCUUAUAUCAUACAAGCUAAAAAAAAAAGUUUGUUCAUUAAGCAAAUUUUAAAUUUAAAGAAUGAAACAGUAUUUAUUUAUUUUUGCAAAUAGUUUCCCUCUUUUAUCCAUCAACAUAUUAUGUAUAAAUUGAGAUUAUAUAAAAUAAUGUCAAUCACAAAAAAUGUAUCAUCAAUUUUUUUUAAAGCAAUAAGUGGAUAUUGAUAACGAAUCAAUUGCGUUGUAAUUAAAUCAUGAAGGUAAAAAAAUGUCAAUCAAUUGUUAGUUUAGUUACCACCAAAGUUGUCCUUUAUUUUUAUAACAGGUGGUUCGCAAUGCAAAAUAGGUAAUGCCAAUACGGUGACGUAACUCAAUAAUAUUGACUUGAACAAUGUUUUAUUAAUUCCGUAGAAUUUCAUUUUAAUACCAGAUACCAAGAACUAUCCUGUGAAGUUAUGUAUUGUCCAAAAUUGAUGUCAAAUUCCAUCUACCACCCACACUGUUUGAUCUCACUUAAAUCAAUUCUCUAUAAAUCUAUAUAUUAAGGGAUGGUCACGUUAUUUUGGAAACUCUACAGGAACAAAAUGGCCAAAAUGUGAGAAUUUCAAAUAAAUUUUUUGAGCACAAAAAUUUAUUUUCUAAAUCAAAAAUACUGAAUUCUUAUCAGUAUUUGGCCAUUUAACAAGAGUGCAAGCAGAUUUCAAAAUUUUGGUUUAAAAAUUGGCUUGAAAAUCGCUCUUGAAAGUCCCCGAGUUUCCAAAAUAACGUGACCAUCCCUUAUGUCAAUUUCCUAAUUAUUGUAUUUAAAACAUCAAGAAAAUGCUUUUUAUUGGAAAAAUAAUGCCGCAAAAAAAACAGGAAAGCAUUAUGCGAACUAUACUGCAAUAAAUUUUAUAUUAAUCAUUAAUUAAUUGUAAAUGAUUUCAUAAUAAUGAAUUCAUGUUAAUGCAAAGGUGCUAUGUAUAGAGGGAUUCAGACAUGAUAUACAUAGUUUCACAAAAUUAUAUUCAACCACAUUUUGUGUGAAUGAAACAUCAAACAGAACAAUACGUACCCACAUUUAGUAACAAACCCCAUCCCAAAUAUCAAGAGCUUUGUAUGUUAUAAGAGAAAAGGAUAUAGAUAAAUCAGUAUAUAACGUCAAAAUGUCAAAGAAAAAAUUAUAUAUAUGGAAUAUAGAUUCUUAACCCACCAACAUUUAGUAAAAAUUUAGAUAGUACAAAAGGCCAAAGCUGUAGAAAGAAUAUGAAAAUAAAACAACAAAAAACGUU